GGCUCCGGUCCCACUGCGCUGCUCCCCUGAACCCGAAACUGCCGCGAUUCUAACAUUAUGCACCUCAAGCUUCUAACGUGGAUUCUGUAUUCGGUAAAUUUAUCCACGAGGACAUAAGAAGGUACCCCCUGAAGCUUCAAAGCAAGUGAUCUGUCGCUGUUCUCGUUGGGAUCCAGCAAGACAGUCCGAACAGCCGCGGACCUUGAGAUUGCGCUUUGGAGCGCACACGCUGGACAACUAUCCAUAAGCGAUUGUUUGUUUUCUUUAUUAUUUAUUUUAUCCUGGAUUACUCAGUGUUUAUCUUUUAAACAGCGAACCUUUAACAUUUAAUCGUAAACGACUUACCGGUUGCCUUUUCGAAGAAUCUCAUUUUACUUGAAGCUAGCUGUUUGCAUCCAGUCGUACUGCUUUUGUGGGAUUUGCUCAUAGAGCGCACAACUGUAAAGCAGCGUGUUGUGAAUUGCAUUUACCCCUGGCUGUUUUGAUUUUCGAGGAAUACUUGAGGACAGUAAAUUAACGGGAAGCACAUGGAUCCGCCUGAAAUAUUGGAUUUAUAUUAAAAUUUAUAGCAGAAGCCUAUUCAAAUCAUGGAAAGUGGCCCAGACAACUGGUACCGGAUUGUAUUAAGAAGUAACUGAAGGCUGAUUGGAAGAAUGGAAUUUUUUCACCUUGCAGUUUUAUUCCUGGAGAUACUUGCAUUAUCCAGCUGUGCAAGGGAUCCACCAAGAAUUGCUGACAAAGUAAUCCACCGGCAGACUGUGAGAAUAGGCCGUACAAUGAAACUUCUAUGUCCUGUUGAAGGAGACCCUCCUCCCCUCACAAUGUGGACCAAAGACAAGCGCACCAUUCAUAGCGGGUGGACGAGGUUCCGUGUUUUACCACACGGUCUUCGGAUUAAAGAAGUGGAGGCAGAAGAUGCUGGGACCUACAUCUGCAAAGCCACAAAUGGCUUUGGUAGUAUCAACAUCAACUACACCCUGAUUGUAAUAGAUGACUCAAGCUCGAAAAAGGAUGGAGCAGGAGACCUGGGUGGCAGUGAUGGCGAAUACACUAAUGAAGAGAUGUCAAAACAGUGGGUGCGACCCAGGUUUACUCAGCCUGCCAAAAUGCGACGGCGAGUGAUUGCCCGCCCUGUAGGCAGCUCCAUCCGUUUGAAAUGUGCAGCCAGUGGAAAUCCCCGGCCCGAUAUUACUUGGUUGAAAGACAGCAAACCUCUGACGGAGCAAGAAGUGGGAGAGGGUCGAAAAAAGAAAUGGACGCUUAAUCUGAAGAACCUGAUGCCAGAAGACAGUGGCAAAUACACAUGUCGGGUGUUUAACCGAGUAGGGGAGAUCAAUGCCACCUACAAAGUGGAAGUCAUCCAGAGGACUCGCUCCAAGCCUAUUUUGACUGGCACCCACCCAGUUAACACCACCGUGGACUAUGGGGGCACUACUUCAUUCCAGUGCAAAGUCCGCAGCGAUGUGAAGCCAGUCAUCCAGUGGUUGAAACGAGUGGAGCCGGGCAAUGAGAACAAAUACAACUCAACCAUUGAUGUUGGAGAACACAAGUUUGUAGUGCUGCCCACAGGAGAGGUGUGGUCACGGCCUGAUGGCUCAUAUUUAAACAAGUUGAUGAUAACUCGAGCUAAAGAAGAGGAUGCUGGCAUGUACAUCUGUCUCGGGGCCAACACAAUGGGUUAUAGCUUCCGAAGUGCCUUCCUCACUGUUUUACCAGAUCCAAAGCCGCCUAUCUUACCUGUAUUACCGACAUCAGCAAGUAACCUUCCCUGGCCUGUGAUCAUAGGUAUUCCUGCAGGAGCAGUUUUCAUCUUUGGGACAAUUCUUCUGUGGCUCUGCCAAACCAAAAAGAAGCCAUGCUCCUCACCGUCAUCAGCAGCAGCGGCUGCUGCUGCCGCUCAAGCCAUUCACCGACAGCCUACCAGAGAACGGAUUUGUUUGCCUCAGGCUCCUGACAAGGACUGCGUUGGCUCCGUUAAUUAUGAGGAAUACUUAGCUCAACAGCAGCAUUUGUUAAGUCAAGGGUCAACCUUGGCACCCAAUGUGGUACCCAAAAUGUAUCCAAAGAUUUACAUGGACAUUCACACCCACACUCACUCGCAUGUGGACGGGAAGAUUCACCAGCACCAGCAUAUUCACUAUCAGUGUUAACCUCUGAUUUCAAAGGAGAGUCAACAGCACGACCCACACAUCAGAACAUGUCUGAAAGUAGCCCUCCUCAUGGCACCAUCAAAUGGAUAUUUUAACACUGCCAACUGCAAAGGAGCCAAGAUGUUUUCAUGGAGGGGGAAAAAAUAAACACCUAUGAUAUUGUUUUUGAGGCAGAACGGGUAUGGAUAAAUGAAGGAACAUAAAUAUAUAAAAUAUAUGAAAAAGAUAACUUUGAACUUUCAGAAAUGGUGUAUUUUUUUCUUUUUUCCAGUGAUGCUCUUGUUUGGCAAAUCAAAGAGAGUAUAACAAAAGUCAAGCUGUGACACAAACCAGUACAUUUUUAUUUUUCCAGCUCAUUUUGCAGGAUUUUUCAUUCUGUCUAAGCAGCAAAUUUGGCACCAUGGUUUAUUUCAGCUUGUUGAACAUUUUUGUUUGGUACUGUAUGUUGAUAAUGAAAACAAAAUCAACACAUUAAAGGAUAAAAAAAACUAAAAACUGAGACUCUUAAAAAAUCAUUUACCUCCAAAGGCAACGACACUUUAACUGACAUCUUGUUGCUUAGCUUUUCAUUGUUAAUAUAGACUACGGAAAUGCAACAGUUGCUUGAAAUGUGUUAUUAAAGGACACUGCAAAAUUCUUGACCACUAUAAUGGCCAAAAAACUGCAUAUAUUAUUUGCCAAUUAUAUUAUUUUUGUACAUCAGGGUAAAGGUGCUGAAAUAAUUCUCCCAUUAAGAUUCAUCUUGUUGGUUACUGCCUUCUUCAAAUGAAACAUUACUGUUCCAUUAAACGUUAACCUACAUGAAGCCAAAAGGAAUAUUCUUCAUUCAUGUUCUAGCUGCUUAGCAAGUUUUUGCUUCGAUUAAAUAAAACAGAAAAUCGUGUGCAGGAAAUGUGAAAUCACAUUUAAAGGAAAUUGGGAGGAGAAUGGACCACAAUAGUGCCUCUCUGGACUAUAGAAUCAAGUUUUUUGCCACAAAAUAUAAAGCUUUAGUAAUUCUAUAUAGACUUUAAACAGAAUUCAUGUAUAUUUAAUUUAUUUUGUUAAGCAAGAAAUGAUUUAUAAUGCUUUCAUUAAAGCAGACAUUUCUAUUCAUAUUUUGAUCCAAAAUAUAAGCAAAGUUAAAUUUUUAAUGUCAUUUUUCUUAUAGAUGCCUUGUAAGCGAUUUAGCGUAUAUACAAUAUUUUUGUCAACAAUUUCUAAGUCCUAUAUUUGUAUUCACUUUUAAAUACAAAUAUGUAAUUAUUAAUAUCUUUGUAUUGACAAUCCUGUACAGUCUGCAUUUUUCGUUGAGUUGCAUACCUUAUUGGAGUUUGGAGACAUCUUAAUCCUGUUACCAUGGAUAUUAAAAAUGUACAAAUUUU